GUCCCAACUUAAAAAAGAUACCUUUCUUUGGGCCCCAUCUGGUUAUUCUAAAUGCAUAUCAUCAGAGCAAGUAAAAAAAACAGGCCAAUUCUCACAUUUCUUAUCAUUUUGUAUUUGUUUUCAGUGUAACACAUUCGUUUUUUAUCAGAAUUCUUAGGAAGUAAAUGAUUAGGUUUAACGUCAGUAUUCUUGAUUUCUUCAUCUAGAAUACAAUGUAAAAAAUCUGAAUUUUAGAGGUGUUUCUGAACACAAUACGGCUAGACGUAGGCCUCGACAGGUUUCUGUGUAAUUUAGAUUUUUGGCAAAAGCCGUAUUAAUAUUCCACAUUUAGAUGUUUUUGCAAAGGCUUUUCUAGAGGAAUGUUCUAAUCAUGUAAAAGAUUACAAUAAAAACAAUCAGAAGAAGACCUUGAUACUUAUGAUUCGAGAAUUCAAGACCAAGUCAGAAACUUUACUAAACCUCUAAUUGCUAAACUGAGAUGAUGUAGACAUGCAACUAAACUAUAGACAAGUUACAACAUGAACAAAAGAUCAAUUUUGGAUUGCUAAAUGGAUUAGAUAAAAUAGAAAGACCGGCCAGGUCAUAAUGCUCCAACAGCAAUGCUCAAACCACACUUUGAUAAAAAUUAAAAUUUGCCGGCUGUCUUUCUUCAACCUCCCUAGCUAUAUAUAUUGGUCUUUCAACAUUUCAAAUUGUACAAAAACAACAGCAAUUGAGCAGUUCUGCUCUAUUCCACUUCAAAAAGAAAAGUAAUUUGUUACCAAAUAUGGCUGUCCGACUUUUUCUCAUUUUCUUGUUCAACUUUUAUCCUCAGAUUGCUCGAUCAGCUCAAUACACAGAUGAAAUGAAAGAAACUAGCAACUUGCAGACCUACAUUAUCCAUGUCAGUCAACCAGAAGGAAAAACCUUUUCGCAGCUAGAAGAUCUGAAGAAAUGGCACAAAUCAUUUUUAUCAUUUAGCACAGCAAGCUCUGAGGAGGAGGAGGAGCGUCGUAUGAUUUACUCAUACAAGAAUAUAAUCAGCGGUUUUUCAGCAAGAAUGACACCGGAGGAAGUGAAAGCCAUGGAAGAGAUUGAUGGCUUUGUAUCUGCAAGUCCCGAAAGAAAAUUACGUCUACAGACUACACAUACUCCUACCUUCUUGGGGUUGCACCAGCAAACGGGAUUAUGGAAAGAAUCAAAUUUCGGCAAAGGUGUGAUAAUUGGAGUACUAGAUGGUGGCGUUUUCCCCAGCCAUCCUUCAUUCAAUGACAAAGGAAUGCCGCCACCUCCGGCCAAAUGGAAAGGCAGAUGUGAGUUCAAUGCAUCAGCGUGUAACAACAAACUUAUUGGAGCAAGAAGUUUCAACCUUGCAGCUAAGGCCAUAAAGGGGUCAUUGGCUGAAACACCAAUUGAUGUUGAUGGCCAUGGGACUCACACAGCGAGUACAGCUGCUGGUAGCUUUGUAUACAAUGCUGACGUGCUCGGAAAUGGCAAAGGCACAGCAGCUGGCAUGGCACCUUAUGCUCAUCUGGCAAUUUACAAAGUGUGCUUUGGAGACCCUGAUGAUGAUUGUCCUGAAAGUGAUGUAUUAGCUGGUCUCGAUGCAGCAGUGGAGGAUGGUGUGGAUGUGCUCUCGCUCUCCCUCGGUGGCGUGUCAGUACCCUUUUUUCAAGAUAAUACAGCAAUAGGCUCCUUUGCUGCAAUUCAGAAAGGAAUAUUUAUGAGCUGUUCAGCUGGAAACUCUGGCCCUUCCAACAGCACAUUAUCUAAUGAAGCCCCAUGGAUCCUCACUGUUGGAGCAAGUACCAUUGAUAGAAAAAUUGUUGCCACCGCAAAGCUUGGAAACGGAGAAGAACUAGUUGGAGAAUCUAUGUUCCAACCUAGCAACUUUCCGACGACACUAUUACCCCUUGUUUAUGCUGGUAGUAACAAUAAACCAGAGUCGGCUUUUUGCGGUGAGGGAGCGCUGGAAGGCAUGGAUGUGAAAGGCAAAGUGGUCUUGUGUGAAAGAGGAGCGGGAAUAGGCAGAAUCGCUAAAGGUGACGAAGUGAAAAAUGCUGGGGGUGCUGUGAUGAUACUCAUGAAUGACGAGCCUAAUGGCUUCAGUACAAUAGUUGAUGCUCAUGUCCUUCCUGCAACCCAUGUAAGCUUCGAUGCAGGUUUGAAGAUCAAAUCGUACAUUAAUUCGACAAAAACACCAAUGGCAACAAUCUUAUUUAAAGGAACUGUCAUAGGAGACCCGUCAGCUCCCGCUGUUACCUCAUUCUCGUCGAGAGGUCCCAGCAUCGCAAGCCCUGGUAUUCUCAAACCAGACAUAAUUGGCCCCGGUGUAAGCAUUAUAGCAGCAUGGCCCUUCCCGCUUGAUAAUAAUACAAAAACAGUAUCAACCUUUAACAUAAUGUCAGGGACUUCAAUGUCAUGCCCGCAUCUUAGUGGCAUUGCAGCCUUGCUCAAGAGCUCUCAUCCUCACUGGUCACCUGCUGCCAUUAAAUCUGCCAUUAUGACUACUGCAGAUAUCUUAAACUUGGAAGACAAACACAUUGUUGAUGAAACAGAUCAACCUGCAGAUUUCUUCGCCGUUGGUGCAGGCCAUGUGAACCCAUCUAAGGCAAAUGACCCAGGAUUAGUUUAUGACAUCCAACCGGAUGAUUAUAUACCUUAUUUGUGUGGCCUGGGCUACGCGGACAAGCAAGUAAGCAUAAUUGCACAUAAACCAAUUGCGUGCUCAAAAUAUCCAGCCAUACCUGAAGGGCAGCUGAAUUAUCCUUCAUUUUCUGUUACAUUGGGAACUUCACAGACAUUCACACGGACCGUCACAAAUGUGGGUUAUGCAAAUUCAGUUUACAAGGUAACAAUUACUUCUCCACCAGGAGUCGCUAUAAGUGUCAAACCCUCCAGGCUCUAUUUUUCCAAGGUGAACCAGAAAGCGACGUACUCAGUAACAAUCAGCCAUACUGGAUCCGGUGCCAAAACCGGCAAAUUUGUUCAGGGAUAUAUAACUUGGGAUUCUGCUAACUACUCUGUUAGGAGUCCAAUAUCUGUGGGGUUCAUUUGAGAAAUGAGGCACUUGUAUUACACUUAGUAGACAAGCAAUGAUUUGCAUUGAACAACUUUAACUCCCUAUGGUAAAUUUCAUUGCAAACA